AAAAAAAGGUAUUGAGCCGACAAAAAUGAUUAAUAAAUUGGGUAUAUUGAUUGGUAUUGUGAUGAUGCAGCAGCAUAUUGAAGUAAAUGCCUGGGGGGGUUUAUUUAAUCGCUUUACUCCAGAGAUGUUAUCUAAUCUCGGUUAUGGUGGUCAUUCGGGUGGAUACAAACCUUCGUAUAUGCAGCGACCGCUAACAGGAAAUUAUGCGAACAAUUUUGCGGAAGGUUUGGAAACUAUUGAUGAUCUUUGUGAAGAUAGAAGAUGCGUUUCAAAUGAAUAUUGUUGUUCAGGUCAAAUUUGCAUCUUUGAUCGAGAUAACGAAGGAUUUUGUGUAUACCCGUUCGGGUUAAAACAAGGAGAAUUAUGCCGAAGAGACAGUGACUGUGAAACAGGUCUCAUGUGUACUGAUGUCAUCGGAGCUGAUACUAGGUCUUGCCAACCCCCAAUUACUUCUAAUAAACAAUACAGUGAAGAAUGUACCAUUUCAAGCGAAUGUGACAUUACCCGAGGUCUUUGCUGUCAAGUUCAACGUCGUCAUCGUCAGUCAACCCGAAAGGUCUGCUCGUACUUCAAAGACCCUCUUGUCUGCAUCGGCCCCGUGGCUACCGAUCAAAUAAAGUCCGUGGUACAGUACACGUCAGGGGAAAAGCGAAUUACUGGACAAAAUAAUAGAAUUCUCUUCAAACGCGACACAUGCCUGCUUUUAUUUAAAAUUAUUUACUAUGUUAUCGAAAGUGCCUACCGAUUAAUCGUACCGGUUGAAGAAAAAAAUGUUGCUGGGGAAAUAGUUCUGAUAACUGGGGCUGGACAUGGAAUUGGUCGUGAAUUGGCGUACAAAUAUGCAUCACUUGGGGCAAUUGUUGUCUGUUGGGAUCUAAAUGCUCAGAGUAAUCAAGAAACUGUAACGGAGAUAAUGAAAUUAGGGGCCACGGCUGCUCAUGCAUAUCAAUGUGACGUAUCUGAUAGAGAACAAGUAGUAAAAAUUUCAGCAAGAGUUAAAUCCGAAGUUGGACAUCCGACAAUAUUAAUUAAUAAUGCUGGAAUAAUGCCUUGUGAAAAAUUUUCAAAUUACUCCCCUGAGACUGUUAAAAAAAUAAUGGAUAUAAAUGUUCUCGCUCAUUUUUGGAUACUGGAGGAGUUUUUGCCAAUGAUGAUUAAUAAUAAUUACGGUCACGUUGUUGCGUUAUGUUCAAUCGCGGGAAUUAUAGGCUUGAAAAACCUUGUACCUUACUGCGCCUCGAAAUUUGCUGUCAGAGGUCUGAUGGAAUCGUUGCAUGACGAAGUAAAUUGGAUUGAAAAUUAUCCGAAGAAUAAUAUUAAAUUUACGACCAUUUUUCCGUACAUGGUUGAUACUGGUCUCUGCAAAAAACCCCAUAUGAGAUUUCCCAGUUUGAUGGCACUAGUCCCUCCGAAGGAAGCUGCGUCCCUUAUUGUUACCGCGCAAAGAAGAAAUUUUAUCCAAGUUACUAUUCCUAGAUAUUGGAAUACUGUUAUUUCCAGAAAAAGCUGGUAUCGCAAUAAGAGAAUUUUUAAACAGCGGAGU